AAGGUUGGAAUAGUUAUGACAGACGCUCGCAGAAUAAAUUCUCGCUCACCUGUGUCCCUGUCUCUCUCUGCCGGUCUGCGCGGCUCUCGGGACUCCGCCACGCUCUCUUUGGGAACCCCGGCUCUACCGACUCUCUGCUUCACACCGUUGUUGAAGAUGGACAAGGGGGACGAAAUCGUUUGCGAGAUGGAGGAGGAUUUCCAGAGAAAAGGGCCGACGCUCACGUUCAGCCACUUGCAAUACUGCAUUCAGGAGACAAAGUUCUGCCGCAAGAUAGGUCCUGAAAAAUGCAUCCUAAACGACGUAAGCGGCAUCAUGAGACCCGGCAUGAACGCCAUCAUGGGCGCCACAGGAAGCGGUAAAACAUCGCUCCUGGACGUAAUCGCCGGCAGAAAAAACCCCGCUGGGCUGCGGCAAGGGACCGUCUUGGUGGACGGCAAAAUUGUCACGUCCGAACUCAGGCUCAGCUCUGGCUAUGUGGUGCAGGACGACAUUGUGAUGGGCACCUUAUCUGUGAGAGAAAACCUCCUGUUCAGCGCCAACCUGCGUCUCGACCCUAAGCUUCACUCCAGCGCAGAAAAACACGACAGAGUAAACUCCAUCAUCCAAGACCUGGGCCUUGUAGACUGUGCUGAUACUAAGAUAGGCACUGAGUUUCUGCGUGGUGUGUCAGGAGGGGAGAGGAAGAGGUGCAGCAUCGGGAUGGAGCUCAUCACUUCGCCCUCUCUGCUGUUCCUCGAUGAGCCGACCACUGGACUGGACUCCAACACUGCCAACUGCAUCAUCAGCCUCCUGCACAAGCUGUCCAGACGAGGAAAGACGGUCAUCUUUUCCAUCCAUCAGCCGCGCUACUCCAUCUUCAGACAGUUUGACCACCUGACUCUGAUGCACAAAGGCCAGGUGGUGUACGCAGGAGCGUCAGACCAUGCUCUAGACUACUUCACAAACCUCGGUUACCAGAUCGAGGCCUUCAACAACCCCGCUGACUUCUUCAUGGACAUCACAAACGGAGAAGCAAAGUCAACGAUUAAUCUGCACAGUGAAGAUGAAGGUAAAAACCCACUGGCAAUAAAGUAUCAGCAGUCCCAGCUGCACCAGAAUGUGGUCGAGGAGCUGGACCAUGUGAACCAGACCAUUGCUCAAAGGACCCAAAAGGAAAGCUUGGCAACAGACUAUCCCACCUCUUUCUUCUACCAGAUGCGGGUGGUGUGUGGCAGGACAGUGCUGAACAAUCUGAGAAACCCUCAGACCUCUUACGCCCAGUUUGCCCUCAACGUCUUCUUUGCAAUUCUGGUGGGACUCAUUUAUUACCAAAUGCCCUUGACGCUGCCCGAGGCUUUACAGAACAGGAGCGGCGCCUUCUUCUUCCUCAUCAUCAACAUGGUGUUUGGGAAUCUUUCUGCCGUUGAACUCUUUAUCAAUGAAAGGGCGAUUUUCAUCCAUGAGAACUCCAGCGGCUAUUACCGCACGUCUGUCUACUUCCUGUCCAAGGUCUUCGCCGAUCUCCUCCCUAAUCGCAUCAUCCCGAUCUUGGUGUUUUGCGCCAUCGCCUACUUUAUGAUGGGUCUGAAGCUUACCGCUGAGGCCUUCUUCUGUUUUGCCCUAACCCUGUCCCUGGUCAGUCUGGCAGGGGUUGGUCUGGCCUUCCUUGUCUCAGCGAGCACAUCCACCUUUGCGAUGGCCAACAUCCUCAUCGCUCUGCCCUUUGUUUUCAUGAUGGUCUUCGGUGGUUUUCUCGUCAAUCUCAACGCCAUGCUGAGCUGGCUAUCGUGGCUGAAGUGGAUCAGUAUCUUCAGCUAUGGACUGAAUGCUGUGUACAUCAAUGAGAUGAAAGGACUGGUGUUCUACAACAACAACACGAUAUUGCCGGGGGAGGUGUACCUGGAGAGCAUGGACAUCGACUACUCAACGUGGGGCUUCUGGCAGAACGAGGUGGCUCUGCUGGGAAUCAUACUCAUUUGCAUGUUGCUGGCCUACGUGCAGCUGCGACGAAUCAACCGCUGGAAGUGAUGCCGACCCACGUGUUCGUGUCUCCAUCAUCAACCGUGUCUUUACGUCAUUCGUUUUGUGAAGAAAAGAAGAUACCAGAGAGGUUUUGUUGUACAUUUGCACUAGGUAGAACUUUUAGAUAUUAUUUAAACUCUUAAUUAUUCUUUAGAGAUUACGCAUUAAGUCCGUCGCUCGCUGACGCCUCAAACCGGAACAAACACACGUGUUCUGACAUUUGACUCCUACUUGGAUAAGCUGCUACUAAGCGCACUCGGUCUUUGCACAAGGGAAUCUCCAGCGGAAGCCAAGCCAGCAUCUAAAUCCUUACAAAGCUACUUACAGUGAGUGAACCUAAAUUAGCUCCGAUCCACAAAAUAUGUAUAUAAUCCACGUUUUAUGGGGAAUCUAGAGAAAUAACAACACGUGUCUGUUUUUCGGCAAAAAACUUUAUAGCUGUACAUUGUUAUCGAUGCCUUGCAUCAAUAAUGCAACAUUGCAAGGAUUAUAUUUAAAUGUUUGUAGAAUGUACAUGUUUUGUUCAAACUUUAUGAAAGUUUUACAAAAAAAAAAAGAUAAAUUAACUUAAGAUAAAGUAUACGUAAACCCAUGAGCUGCAUACUGGAAAUGUGACUACAGAUCAUCUUAAAUCCAUGAAACACAUCUUAUUCUACUCUGAUAUUGUCACAUAUACAGCGGACCUUGCACCAGCAACUUGAUGUCGAAGCUGAGCGAUGUGUGAAAUGUAUCGACCGCUAUGUGUUUUACGGCUGCACCGCUGCAUGAAAUACAGAUAUUCUUCA